GUUAUCACUUAGUCUUACACAAUAACCUUAAUGCAACUGUACGUAGUCAAUUAUUGUUUUACUUUUUAAGUGGAUUCAUACGGCAUCUGAAACUUAAUCUUGUAUUUGUUUAGUAAUACUGUAAUUAUGACUUCCUUUUCUUUGUAUUAAAUGACAGGUUCUGUUUACAACCUACUGACAAUGAGUGUCCAAAGUUAUGACAAAAGACUUACCUGUUCAUCUUUAAAGCGAAACAUCCAAUUGUUAGAAAGUGCUUCAGGGUGCUUUACAUGUUCUAUAUGCUCACAAAACAAUGGGCUGAAUGAUGGCCAUUUAAACUAUCUAUCAAAUGUAUCUCAUAAACCUGACUCAAGUACUUCUGAUCCCGAAGUUUUUGUUUCACAUUUAACAAAGUAUCAUUCAAAUACUGAAAACCAUUUAUGCCUUUACUGUGACUCCAUAGUUCAUCGAAAUUAUUUGAUGAUUCACAUUUCCCAGCACUUACUAACUCCUUCCUCUUCAAAAUCGCCGAGAAUCUUUUCCUGUCCAUCUGAACCUCAGUGUUCUCAUGAAUUUAGUACUGAUCGUUUUCAACAUAUGCAGAUUCACUGGGACACUCAACAUAGUAGUUCAUCUGAGACCACCAAAUUGCAAUGCAGUCAAUGCAUGAAUACGUUUUCUACAUUGUUGGAAUGGGGAGAACAUAUUAAAUUAAAUAUAUGUUCACUUGUACACUGCACUUUCCCUGGUUGUUUUGUGAAAUCACCAUCUAGAACACUUAUCUCAGAUCACUUUCGACGAAAGCAUACUGAUUGCCUUGAUCUCAAAGGAAAAACUUCGUUUCAAUUAUUUCGCGAAACUUCGGAGUUGAUUUGUAACCAUCUUGUUACAAUUGUUGCUAAGUUAGAUAAUGCCUCACAAUAUGAGUGCACUUCCUCAUUGACUGUAGUUGAUCAGGCCUCUAUUGUUAACAAGAUAUUUGCAGAUAUGUCCUCUCCAUUCGUCUUUCUACUUCGUUGUCCUUAUUGUGACCUUACAACUGUUCGGUGGAUUUAUUUUCUGAUGCAUCCUGCUUCCUGUACAGGUAUAAGAGCAUAUUUCCGUAAUCGUCGCCAAGAAUCGGAGAAAGUACUACCUCUAGUUUAUCGCUGUCAUAUUUACUGGUGUUCGAAAUGUCAGGUGGUAUCUACAGAGCAGAAGUUAAUUGCGGAACAUGUUACUUAUUCUCAUAAUCCCAAGGAAGCAUCAGUCUAUCGAGAACACCUACGCGUUUCUUUACUGGAUAAUGACUCUGAACCGGUUACAACUGAUUUAUCUCUCAGUACUGAACAGAAGUCGGAAUCGUCUGCAUAUGCUCUUGAAUUAUUUCCUUCUUUCUCCUCAGUUCUUGAUGAUGAUACAGAGAAUACUGAAUCGCCUAUGAAUCUUGCAGCUUUGGCCCGACCUACUGCAUCAAAGUUAACGAGUUUAACUAGCCGAGUUCAACAAACGCCACCAAGCAAUGUUCAUACACUCUCUAUUGAUCAGUCUUCAUCUAAUAAUAACGGUAUGAUAGUUAGCAACAGUUUAACCAGUAUUCCAGCAAGUUCACCAAUGAAUAUAAUAAAUAACGCUGCCGGAAACUUAAGUGCAUGUGAUGCAGCCUCAGCCGUUGCCGCUAUGGCUGCAGCAGCUCUUUCAGGUUUGACAAACUUCAAUAUAAACAAUGCUGUUCCGAAUUCAGUCAGUACAUUUUCAAAAUCAUUAGCUUGUGAUAUUUCAUCUCCAAUACCAAUUCAGCCUAAACCCAGCAUUCUGUCUACAGAAUCUAUAGAUCCAAUUCAAGAUAGUAAAGAAGUCAACAAUAAUGAUAUAUUGGGUUCUCAGUCCAGCGACUCCUUAGACUCACUAGACAAAUUUGCUGAUGAUAACCUGUCGUCGGAUGAAAUUAUUCGUGGAUGCGAAGGUUUAGUUUCUUUUCCAUUCGAUGAAUGUAAAUUUCGCAGUGAACUACGUGUACAAUUGCAACCUCAUGUAAUAGAUUCAUUAGUUUCAAAGAUGAAGCAGUUCUCCUCUUACUUUGUUCGGAUUUUAGGGAAGGAAAAUCAUCGUCGUGUCCCGGUUUGUCCAGAAUGUGACAAAGUGUUUCCAUACGGUCUUGGUGAUUUUAAACGACAUUUACUUACAGUGCAUCUGGAAGUCCCCAGAGAACAUUUGAAAGAUUGUUUACGCUUUACUUAUCUGCCCAAAAGUGAGGAAAGGUUUCAGGAGGUUCAAGAGCAGCUCGCUAUGCGUCAGAUGAAGCCUCGUGUCCUCGAGAUUGGGCGCCGUCGUAUUCCUUUACCAUACUCAAUACGCGUUUUACGAAGACUGACCGCUCAUCUUCCCAUUGCCACGCGAGAAUUCUUGGAGCAAAAGAUGCAGUUGUACUGUCGCCUGUCGGUUAUAGUUGACACACGCGGAGGGUUUCGGCGGUACAAAUGCAACCAUUGUUCUUAUUCAUCACCACAUGCCCUGGCUGAUGUGAGGAAGCAUAUAUUAGGGUCUCAUUGUGGCAUAUCGACCAAACAUUUUCGUCACUGUCUCCAAGCAUCACGCUUGGAUCCUGUUGAAUUUACUUUGUUCUCUGAUGAAAAGUUAGCUCGUCUCGCUAGGGAUUUUUUACAUAGACGUAUGGUUUCAAAUAAUCCAACCAGCCCAAAUGCUUCACCAAAUCCAGUAGAUGAGAAUCAUCCUAGUUCUUCUGAGAGUCCUUCUACGACUUUGGCUACAGCGUUGAAUAGUUCGUCUUGUACACAAGACUCGUAUGUCUCUAAUUUUACUGCCGUUGUUCCGGGUUCCAAAACCAAAGUUACUGUAAGAAUUCGACCCCCGGUGCCUCCAGAUUUUCAUCCUCCUAAUUCUACGAGUCCUAUCCAAUCAACUGAUAAUCACAUCAAUGGUUCCCCUGUUACAUCUAAUAUAGAACAGUCGACAACAUGUUCUAACUCAAGUGUGGAUUUAGCUUCACUCCCAUCUAUACCAGGAAUAGAAGGCGCUGAUAAGGUUGUUGAUCUUGCCUUGCCAUUUUCUGAACCAGUUCUUCGUCAUUUGUUGGAAUCCUCUGGUGCUCCUGAACACCAUAUAGAAGACAUAGUAUCAAAAAUGCGCGUAUACUCAACUUACAAAAUGAGCCGAAUAUGUCGUAAUGAUCGCACUAUAGCUUUUCGCUGUCCCUGUGGGCGCCUUUUUAUCACUACUCGACAACCUGACAGUAAAAUUCGCGCCGCAACAUUAGCUGAUAGUAGGCGUCAUGUGAUGGGUGUUCAUGCUCGUAUUCCAAAUGUAUUUAUCACUAUUUGUUGCCAGGCUUCUCGUAUUACUAGGGAAUAUGAUUUUCAAAUCUAUCCUGAUGAUAUGCUUCUUCGACUAGCUAUGGACAGACCCAUUAAACUUAAUAAUCUUUCCAAUGUUGGUCCUCCUGACGUAACCACUACCAGUAUGAAUGGCCGUUCAGCACUAUCUAGCUUCUCAAAACCUUUGAAAGAAUUGGCUCCUUAUCCUUCAGUGCCUACAACAGCACUUCAGCAGUCGAUAAAUACUCACUCUGUUUCAUCUUCGCCUCGAACACAAAUCGCAGAUGUUGCUGAAACAGACUCAGUAAGUGAAGGAACUGAUACCGGUGCAGCAAGCGGUUCAAUUUGUCAUGAUGACUCACUCGCUAAAUAUGACAGUAAUGAAAAUGAUGAUGACAAAGAAGGCUCAGAUAUCGAUCCUAAAAAGAUGCAGAAAGAAGUGGAAGAUCCGCUUGCUCAAUUAAAUGCUGUCCAGGCUUCUGGUGCAGAGGAAGUGGAACGUGUAAUUGAUCUUCCAUAUUCAUCCGAAGCUUUAAAAACUUUAGUACAAGGCUACUGUCCACCCAAUUAUUUUCCGGUUCUUGAGGCUAAAAUGGGUGUCUACAGUUCACUAAAGGUGUACAUUACCAGACGGCGAGGUAGGAGAUAUUUCUGCUGCUCUGGUUGUUCCUCAUCGUCACCACAUGGAAUGGGCGACAUUCGAAAGCACAUACUGGGUGUGCAUGCUAAAGUACCAGAACGUUACAAAGCUGCUGCUAUGCAUUGUAGCCGCCUCAGUCGUGAAGAUAACACUUUAUUACCAAAUCAUGUUUUACUUCACUUGGCUAAAAUGAAAUGGAAAGGAACUGUGAUUAAACCACUCUCUGAAAUGGACCUCAGUCAGUUUGGAUCUCGUCGUGCAUCAGCUGUUGGUUUACCUCGCCCAUCAGGCCAGUUUGCGUCUCAGGUUUAUCAACCUACUAUCCACCGAGAAGUUGUUGGUUUUAAUCGUCCUGAACAUUUUUCUUCCAGCCCAAGCAAACAUUCAGUGAAUAAAAGUUUGUCAAAGAUAUCUGCUCAAGAUGCUGGAAUCGUAGACGAAAGCGAAGCCAUCAAUCCAAACAGAACAGGAGGAAAUUUACCAGAAGAUAGGGCUAACGAACAUGAAAGUGAAGAUGUGAAUGGAAAUUCUAGUGUUGUUGAUAAUGAUGAUAUGGAUUUACCCAAAAUACCAACUAACAUUUUCCACAAUUCAAUUGAUUACCAAUUGAGUGAUAAUAGUUUCGAUUUAUCAAGACCAGCUAAAAUAUUACGGCUUAAUGAUAGUGCUGAUGAUGACAAUACUCUUAUUGUAUAUCCAUUGCAAAUCAAUGGUAUUUCUUCUGUUCAUAGUUCUCAUGAAAAUGUCCCUGGCUUAUGUAAUCCCUUUCCACCUAUUCAAAUAUCUAAUACACCUGUAUUUGAAGCACAAAACAAAUCAACUAUUACUCUUAGUGGGUCUAGCCGUCGUAAGCCUAAUAAAAUGCACUUAGUGCAACUAAGACCAGAUUAUUAUUCAGAGUCGAAUUUCCAGUCGAUUCAUUCAAUUAAUCCUCUGGUAGACAAUUCUACAGUUUCCUUAUCAAAUCAACAGUCUAAUGACACAAAUUCAAUGCAUUCUCAAAUAACAAUUACUGAUAAUAAUAGUAUUGUCGGAACAGACUGUGAUCACCUUACUAAAAUCAAUCAUCCACCUGUUAAUUCGGUACACAAUCGUAUAGGUGUAUAAAUAAUUUUUCAUAUGUAUAUCCACCACAAUGAUAUAUAAUGUUUCAACUCUGGUAGUAGCGUUUUGUUUUUUGUGUACUGUUUUUGUGAAAAUGUUAACAUUUCUUCCUCAGACAUAUAUAUAUAUAUAUAUAUAUAUAUAUAUGCAUAUGUACAUAAUUUACUUUUGUUGAAUAGAUAUGUCUGCUUGUUUGUUUUUUGGAUAUCAUUAUGUUUCAUUGCAAUUUUCUUGACGUUUUUCUAAAUUAUUUUUGUGUAUUUGUUGUUUGUGCAUUAUGAUGUUUUCUACUAAUGUAAUUACAUGUGGUUUUUUCUCUUAUGUCCCUUUACACAUUUACUUUCUCCUAUUCUCUCAUAUGUUGUGUUUAACUCCGGUUGAACCUUUCCUUCAUGCAUAGUUUUUUUUUGUUUAUAUCAGUAUGAAUAUAGGUUUACCUGUUUUGUUAACCUACAGUGCAGCUGUAGUAAGUAAUUCAGGUGUACUGUUCUUUAGAACAACUACCUCGAUGUGGUAUUCGCUGCUCUAUUUUUCUCUCCUAUACAUUAUAUAUUUUCUAUGGAUAUGUAGUUGAUCAUUCAUACUUGGUUUACGACUAAUGGUAAAGAAAAUAGUUGGAGCGCAUUUAAUAUUUAACCAGUGGCUUAUGCUGUGAACUCACUAAUUUCUCUUAUAAAAUCUGUUUGGUAACUUUCUCUAAAUAAAUAUUUCUCAACAAUUAAGUUGAAUAACAUUAUUGUGUGUAUUCCUUCUCUGGGAUAUUUUUUCCCUCAAACUUGUUUAUGUUAUAUAACAGCAUUUUUUUUUCUCAAUGUAAUAUUUAUCCCAUAUAUUUAUUAUUUGUUUAUGUAUAAUGUAGUUGAUAUUUAAUGACAUUCUAUUGCUGAUUUUGCUCUUGUUUUAAAGUCUAGUCGUUGAGAAGUGAAAAAGCGAUCAGUAAACUAUAAGAAACUUAUAUAAAAUGAAAUGUUAAUUUCUUUGUCUGCCUCUUGUUUGACUGUUUAAUUAUUUUGACCUACUACAGCUUGUUUUAUUUCAGAGAGAUACUCAGACCACUUUUCCUUAUGUAAACCAGUUUAUCUAUUUGUUCAAUUCAAUAUUCACUUGUUGUAUAAUAAAUAAUAGCUAAUGCUUUAUUCAUGUUAUUUCUCUUGAUCUCUAACAUUGUAUUCUGUUUUUAAUGAUUAAAUUUGUUACAUUCAACAUUGGAAUUUGUACAUUCUGCACAAAUCAACUAUAGUUAACGUUAUUGUAUGCAUGUGUACAUCAUUUGCAGUACUGCUGAUGAUAAUAACACAACACAUACUAAUGAUGAUAACCUUGUGCAUAUUUAUUAUAAUUCCGUUUCGUAACAAAUUUAUUAUUUAGUAAUAAAUUUUUGAUUGAUUUAUUUAUACUCUGUUUUUUUUGUUUUGUUUUUUUUUCUAAAUGUUUCGUUGCAUUUUUCAACUGAUUAUACUUUCCAUGUAUGUAUGAAUCAGAGGUGGUGGUAGUAUAUUGCUACUGUCUUAUUUUGAGCUCAGUCACUUUUGUUAAAAUGUAUUUCUUUGUUUGUUCGCUUCUUUUUUCUGAUCAGUUGUUAAUUUGCUCCAUUUUUUGUUGAUGGCUAUUAGGUUUUCCUUUCCAUGUUCUGCUUUUACGUAUUAUACUUAAAUACAGUUAUACGCAUCUAUAUAUAUAUAUAUAUAUAUAU